CCCCCUGCUGAGGCAUUCGGGGCUCUGCGACCGGUCCCCGCGGCGGAGGCAGGCGGGCCUGGGAUCUUCUGCCUCUGGCUGGGCUGAUGGGCACUGGCAUCCGAAGCGCAGGGAGGGCACCCGGUUGGGGAAGGCUCGGCUGGGGGCGAGACUGGCCGAAGAGCGGAGUGGAGGAAGUCAGCGCGGGAGGGAGACGGCGGAGGAGGCUGAAGGUCGCAGCAAAGCACUGGCCCAGGACGAAGCCGCCUCUCGGCUCCUCCAGCGGCGGCCCCUGAGACGCCUAGAAGUUGCGUCCUGGGAAGCAUCGGGGUCUUUGCGGAAGAGCGGCGGCAGCGGGCUUCUGAGCGUGAGCAGAGUGAAGGUCCUUCUCUCUUUCCCUCCCUCGGCGCCGGAGGAAUCGCAGCCAGCGCGAGGGGGCCGGCCUUUCCGGCCGGGGCGAGGCUCUGCCUCUGCCCUCUCCCCGCCCCGAAGCUCCACAGCCCAGCCGUCUCCUCCGCAGGCAAGAUGCGGGUGUUGCUCCUGCUCCCGUUCUGCUCAGCGCUCGGCUUCGGCCUCGCCAGUGGCGGCCAAGAGGAAUUGCUCUUUAAGAUCUGGAUGUCUCAGAAUAACAAGCGCUACAGCCUGGAGGAGUAUCAUCAGCGGCUUCAGAUCUUUAUGACGAACAAGCGUAAAAUUGAUAAGCACAAUGCUGGGAAUCACACCUUCCAAAUGGGCCUGAACCAGUUUUCAGACAUGACAUUCACUGAAUUCAGGAAAAAGUAUCUCUGGCGUGAACCCCAGAACUGUUCAGCCACUGUGAGCAACUUUGUCAGCCGCACUGGGCCGUGUCCAAACACCAUAGACUGGAGGAAGAAAGGAAAUUAUGUGACACCAGUGAAAAACCAGGGUCCCUGUGGCAGCUGCUGGACUUUCUCCACCACUGGGUGCUUGGAGUCAGCCAUUGCCAUAGCAACAGGAAAGCUACUGGACCUGGCUGAACAGCAACUGGUUGACUGUGCUCAGGACUUCAACAAUCAUGGAUGUAGCGGGGGCCUUCCCAGCCAGGCGUUUGAAUAUAUCCUGUACAACAAAGGGCUGAUGGGCGAGGAUGAAUACCCUUACCUUGCACAGAAUGGCACCUGCAAAUUCCAAGCUCCGAAGGCCAUUGCAUUUGUCAAAACAGUCGUCAACAUUACACUGUAUGAUGAACCAGGCAUGAUGGAAGCUGUAGGCAAGUACAAUCCAGUGAGCUUCGCCUUUGAAGUGACAGACGACUUCAUGUACUACAAAGAGGGAGUUUACUCCAGCACACAGUGUGAUAAAACUCCAGACAAAGUAAAUCAUGCUGUACUGGCCGUAGGCUAUGGAGAGAAGAACGGCCUUCCAUACUGGAUUGUCAAAAAUUCCUGGAGCCCCCUUUGGGGCGUGGAUGGAUAUUUCUAUAUUGAACGUGGAAAGAACAUGUGUGGCCUUGCUGACUGUGCAUCCUAUCCAGUUCCUCUUGUUUAAAGUCAGACUGGAUUUUGGUACCAGGGAGCUGGUAGUGAUGUGUGAAUGUGCCAAAAACUGAAGCUGGAUAGAAGUCCAUCAGAGCCAAGAAGGAUUCCUCAGCACUGGCCUCUUGUUUCAGAAGGGACUCUUCAGGCAUGCGCCUCCUCUUUACCUGUGGCACAUACUGUGGGAGCAGUUUAAUCCACAUUUUGCUGUACUAUCCUAGCUCCCCACACGUCUUGUUGCUCUAGUACAGUGUUGCUCAAACUUCCUGAAAUCAUGCUCCCUUUUAUCUUCUUUAUUCUUUGUAGUUCCCACACUUACUCUCACAAGAGCUCAGGGCAACUGAUAACAAUAAUAAAAAUCCAAUACUAAAAACAAGAAUAAAAUCACGAUCUGCAACAAAAUCCAAUAAAUUUUAAUAUAUCACAGCCAGCAAUGUUAUGUAAAUAGAGCCAACACUAGUAUAUUUUGAACAAGUUUUUAGCUGCUGCCCAAACCCAAUGUGGGGAAUAACCGGAUCUCUACAGGAACCAAGCUCCAUAUGUAUGGGAUGUGUACGCACGCACACACACCAUUUGAGAAUGCACCUCACAGAUGCUGACUUGAAUCCUGCGCUUUAUUUUUCACAGCCUCAGUAGGACCUUAACCCACAUGUCAAGAAAUGCUUUGACCAUUCAGUUUAUGGCUGAUUAUCAACUGGACACCCAAAGCUGUUUGCAUCUUGCCCCCCUUCCCAUUGGUGACCCACAUACCAGGUUGAGAAGCACCACUCUAGUGAAUUCAGCUGGCAUGUGGAAUAAUGCUCUGGAACCAUUAGGUAGGGCCUUCAAAAAGUCUGGUGUUCUCCUACAGGUCAAGCCACUUCAUAUCGCACUUCUGCAACAUUUGAACAGCUUUGUUACUGGAAUCCUAAUAUUGUCUUAGUAAUCUUAAAAAGGGUGAUAUUUUGAGGCUUUUUAGUAACGGCUUUGCACAGAUUGUUAUAAAAUUACCUUAACUUGCACUGCUGUAAUAGAGAAGUUCAUACAUGGUUUUAAUAGUAGUAAUGCUGAAGGAAUCUUUAAAAUCUGCCCUUAUGUGAAAUAAUUGGUAGUCUUUUAUGGAGUUUACAUUAAUUCUGCGUUUAAGCUCUUGGCAAUGCAAUUAAUGGGCUCCUGGAGGUGAGGGUGGUCAUGAAGGUCAUCCUUGGCAGGGAGAACUGACUGGUUGCUGCGCAAUAAUACUCAGUUUCAGGGAAACUUUGUUUUGCAGAAUGCUGUUUGCUAAAACGGCAUCAGGGAUCAAAAUUAUCUUAUUCAUAGCUGAUUUUUUAAAAAAUUAAUAGUAUAUUUCCUUUUGGAAGCCUGAUUAUUUUUGUAAUGAUGAAGUUUCCAGUUUUAGACUUGACAAUUAAAGGGCUGACUUUGGAUAAAAA